UUGCUAUGCGUGACGUUUUGCUCACGCAAUUUUUAGACGUCGGUUGCUUAGGAAUCGUCACGGUGACGCGACGGCUGCUGUGCCCGGGCAAGGCCGCAAGGAGGCGCCGGGGCCGGAUAGAGAUUGUCCGGGGCCCCAGAGAAAGGCCGGGAGCAGGAAAGGGAGAGCGGGAUGUAGCUGCCCGGUAUCCGCCGACUGGAGAGCGACAUCAUCAUGAGAAGAUGUACCGGAGGAGGAGUUAAUCUCAGGUGCUGUCGUGGAGACUUCCAGGAAAGGAAUUAUCGCUCAUAGACCAACAAGAUGCCGACAGAAUACAUGUGGUGUCAUCACUUGCUGCCAGACACCCAUGAAGCUAACCAAAAGUCAUAGAGGCCCCAUUAAAAGCAGGAAGCACCAUGAAGCCUGCACACGAACGGAGCCAGGAAUGUCUUCCACCAAAGAAACGGGAUCUGGCUCAGAGUACGAUAAACAUAGAGGAGCAACCGCCCAAGGUGGAUAACUCCUCUAAUAAUGAAAGCUCUGCUAAUGAGACCUCAACCUGGCCCAGAGGAGUAUUGGUUGCUUCAGGACAAGGCCAUGGGGUGAGGUAUGAAGUGGCUGGGGAAGGGACUGAGGCUGUCACAGUGGAUCAAUAUGGAAACUUGUACAAACUGUCUGUGCCCCCAACCUUCUCCCCACCAGGCCUCCACCAAGUGGUGAACAUGGGGUCCCUUCCGCCAUCCUUUAAUGUAGCAUCACCAUUGAUUCAACACCCAGGAAUUACUUAUCCACCAAUCCAUUAUGCACCUAUAUCUCACACAUCAGUGCAGUUUCUAGGGUCACCUUAUGCUGUUCCAUAUGCUGUUCCUCCAGGCUUCCUUCAGCGCGCUGUAAUAUCUCCACCUGCCACAUUGGCUACUUCUCAUGUACCCCAUUAUGUGCCAUAUAAUUCUAUCCUGACUGAAGGAGUCACCCCUCCUCCACAGCCUCCAUCUCCUCAAACUUUCUGUAAAGUUACCACAGCACAAUCUCCCUCUGUUCUUAUGGGCGUGGUACCAGUUGAUGUUACAAAGGGAAGAGUUCCUGUGUUUUAUCAGCAUUCUUCUCAAAUGUCAGCAGGGUAUCCUGUACAUGAAAUGCUCCUGGCAUGCCCACCUAAUACAGAACAUAAUUUAGCUUCCCCCAGCAACAAAGAAACUUUGAUAGCUUCUAUUAAUGGGUCCCAGAGGGGAUCUGACUGUGCCUCCAACAGAAGAGGGAGCCAGGUCAUAGAACAGUAUAUUCAGAAUUCUGAUGAAGAAAUGACAAGAGGUCAAAGCAACAAUCUGCUGGACUGUGAUACAUACUCUGGCCAUGCUUCACAGAGGACAGAGGUAGCUCUGAUGACCCAUAGAAGCACUCCUGAUACAGACCUAGAAGUACAGAGAGUUGUUGGAGGAAUGGUUUCACAAGAAUACUGUUCACCUUCAGUUCAGAGAAAACAGCGGAUGAGUCCUUUAAAUCUCUCCAAUGACAUUAAGCAGGAUUCAAAAAGGGGAAUGAGUAAUCUUACAAGUCCACAAAGAGGAGAUCUUCGAGGUGUGUAUGGUGUACAGCAUCCUCUUAAAUAUACAGAGAAAAAUGCACUUAUAUCGAAUGGUGAGUCAACACAGGGAACACUUUGUUCUGCUGAGAGAUUGUCUUCAACAGUUCCACAACAUGUCCCAAAAACCCAAGAGACCAGAUCUCCAGAAGUGCAUAGUCGUGGCAGAGAUUCUUCACCCACCGGUCCUCAACAGCCUCCUCAUUCCACUACUUUACCUUCACACUUCAUGAAAGGGGCCAUUAUCCAACUUGCCACUGGUGAACUGAAGAGGGUAGAAGACCUACAGACCCAGGAUUUUGUGCGGAGCGCAGAAGUCAGUGGUGGCCUUAAAAUUGAUUCCAGCACAGUGGUGGAUAUCCAGGAGAGCCAGUGGCCAGGAUUUGUGACUCUACAUUUUGUAGUUGGAGAGCAGCAAAGUAAAGUUUGUCUUGAUGUCCCUCCUGAACACCCAUUUUUUGUCUAUGGACAAGGCUGGUCUUCAUGCAACCCUUCACAGACUGCUCAGCUUUUUGCACUUCCUUGCCACCGGCUUCAAGUGGGAGAUGUCUGUAUAUCGAUAAGUUUGCAGAGUAUAUCCAAGAACGGUGCAUCGCCUACAAGCAGCACUUCCACACAUCAGGCUCUGCAAUCUAGGGAGUGCCCAUUGGUGUCCGGAAGAGAGAGCGAUAAGCAAAAUCAGCUUCAGAAAGAUGGUUUGGUUCAGAUUUCCCUGGCCCAGACCACAUGUCCUCUUCCCUCAGCUCUGUCAAGCUGGUCAAGCCCAGGAGUCCAAAGAUUUAGCGGACAGAGUACAGAAACCCGACCCUCACCUUCACGCCAUUCUUUCAUUCCUCAAGAGGUGAAGCUGUCCAUUGAGGGUCGGUCAAAUGCAGGGAAGUAGUAUAUGAAUCUCUGCAAACAUAUUAAAUUUGCACAGUUUGAGUACAGGGAUAAUCAUUUUAUGUUGUGGCUGGGGUCCCUGCUGCUGGAGGAAUGAUGUGGGAGGGUAAUGUCUAGUACAUGACACUGCUCAUUCUCUAGUGACAAAAUCUUCUAUUUUCUUGGUAAUCAUUUAAACCCUAUUGUACCAUAUUUUAUACAUACAUAUUGUGCAUUUACAUGCAUUGUUGCUGGUGUGUUAAGUAUAGGGAACAGCAAAAAUGUUUUAGAUAGGGUGACUGUUUUGAGGAGAAUGAAUAAAAGGUUAUUUUGGUAAGUGUCUUCCUGGGAUUUCAAGCUUCCAGAUAUGUCUGUUGAACAGGCACAAAUAACAGGCAGUCUGUGGAUAUGUUUCUUGUGGUGGUUUCUGCACACCCAGGACUUUAGAGGGCAAUUAUAAUAGUAACUGACACUCCUGAGCCAGCACCAUGGCCAUGAUACAUCCUUUCCUUGGUCACCCAAACACACCCAGAGUGCAAUAAAUGGUAUACGUCCUGUUGUAGCAUGGACCCUGGCUCUCCUGCACCUUGACUUCUGACUGAAAGCUUUACCUGCAGAGACAUUUUAUCUUAUAUUCUAUAUAUUGAUCUCAGAUCUGGAAUACACUUGGCGUGUAGUAGUAUGCUAUUUUUUUUAAUGACAACUUUUCACACUGCCAAACUCUCUUUAGAAGACACCUGAUCCCAUUCUGAACAUCACUGGACACUACAUAUACUCCCAACAUUUCCUUCUAAGAAGGCCAGAUAAGUCACUGGAUAAAUUAAAGAACACCCAUGUCUUUAAUAAGAUAUAUAUAUAUGCUAUAAUAGAAGCAAAGCAAAUAUUGUUCAAAAGCAAUUGCAGCGCUCAGGUGCAUACAGUACACCUGGAGUAAUGCGCAUGGGGCGGGGCUUAACGCAUUGCUCGGUUUUUAAGAUGCCUUUUUUUCAAGAAGCAAACCGUGUUUUCCUGCCUCAGACUACAGUGUUAAAUAACAGAUACAGCUUUAGGGUACGUUCACACGUACGAAGAUUUGAUGCACAGGAGUUUCUGCUGCAGAUUCCAACGUAAACUAAAUGACGUGAGCACAGCUUCUAAUCGGCAGUUACAAAUCCUGCCCAUCAAAUCUGCGCAGGAUCCUGUAUGUGUGAACGCACCCUUAGACAGAUACUUUUGUGCAAUGUGUCAUCUAUGAGUGCAAUAGAUCAUACUACUUUCCUAUAUAAAAGGGUACAUAAAUCAUCUCAAGUCAGUACCCUGAACACAUUACAUAUGAUUAACCAAUAGUCUAAUAUGCAUCCUACAAAGCCUUAGACUUAGGCAGGUGCUUCUAUUCUAUUAUGCUACCUGAUCUUUACCAGAGCAUUAAUCUAUAUUUUGUUGUGCUUUUUUGUAACUGUUUUAAAUAAAUCAAUUUGUACUGUAUAUUUGUAUUCCAGCUGAGAAGCUUUUUGAUUUAUUUUUUUUUCCUUUCUCCUCUGUACUUGAGUUAUUAAAAAAAAAAAAAAAAAAACUGUAUUUUCAUGCUAAAACACAUUUAACAUAUGUAAGCAUUCUAUGUACCAAAAUGCCUAUAUAAACACAUAGCUCUUUUUCUCUGGGUGUGUCUUAAUUUUUCAGGCUUACAUCAGUUAUUUUGAUAAUCCAAUAUUAAAGAGAGAAUACUUUGUAAGGCUUUGGUAACACAG